CUCUCUCUCUCUGCUACCCUUUCACAUGCACAAAAUCAUCUGUCAUGGCGUCUUCCAACAAUGUUACUCCCACCAACUGUAGCUGGUGGCCCAUAUCAGCCAUGGACGAAGACGGCAAAAUCACAGACGGAGAGGAAAGCCACGAGCCCACGAUAGAACACAAGCCAUACUCCAAAGACAGGCUCGUUCUGUACCACUGGACUCAGUCCUUCAGCUCUCAAAAGGUACGUCUGGUGAUCAAUGAGAAAGGGCUGCUCUGUGAGGAACGUGAUGUCAGUUUGCCUCUUACUGAGCACAAGGAGCCUUGGUUCAUGAGGCUCAACCUAGGAGAGGAAGUGCCGGUUUUCAUCCACGGAGACACUAUCGUCAGUGACUAUAACCAAAUCAUUGAUUACAUCGAGACCAACUUUGUCGGAGACACAGUAGCUCAGCUGAUUCCGGAUGAAGGCUCUUCCAUGCAUGCAAGGGUAAAGCAGUACCAGGAAUUGCUGGAUGGGUUGCCCAUGGAUGCUUACACACAUGGAUGCAUCCUCCAUCCUGAACUAACGAUCGACUCCAUGAUCCCAAAGUAUGCCACUGCAGAAAUACGUAGACAUUUGGCCAAUGCUGCUUCUGAACUGAUGAAAUUAGAUCAUGAGGAGCCCCAGCUGACAGAACCAUACCUCUCCAAGCAAAAAAAGCUCAUGGCAAAGAUUCUGGACCAUGACAAUGUGAACUACUUAAAGAAAAUCCUUGGUGAGCUGGCCAUGGUACUAGACCAAGUAGAGGCAGAGCUGGAAAAAAGAAAACUGGAAUAUCAUGGUCAAAAGUGCGAAUUAUGGCUUUGUGGACCUACUUUUACACUAGCUGAUAUUUGUCUUGGAGCCACAUUGCACAGGCUCAAGUUCUUGGGACUCUCAAAGAAAUACUGGGAGGACGGGAGCCGGCCAAACCUCCAGUCCUUUUUUGAGCAUGUGCAGAAACGCUAUGCUUUCCGUAAGGUGUUGGGGGACAUCCACACGACCCUCCUAUCUGCUGUUCUUCCCAAUGCAUUCCGAAUGGUAAAAAAGAAGCCACCGUCCUUCUUUGGGGCGUCCUUCUUAAUGGGGUCUCUCGGGGGGAUGGGUUAUUUUGCCUAUUGGUUUUUAAAAAAGAAAUACAUGUAGUAAAUGUGCUCUUGUAGUGUUUUGUGUCUGUGUAUCUGUGUGAUGUUCGAACUUUUCGGUAACACUGUUUUAUGAGAGCAGGAAAACAAGAAAACAUACACAGAUAAACUCUAUUACUUAUUUGGGUGAAUGAAUGAAUGAAUGAAUAAAUAUAUAAAUAUAUAUAUAAUAAGAACAUUCCAAGACUAGGAAUUCUUCCAAACAGCACCUUCUCUGGUAAUCAAUGACUUUUUUUAUUUCUAUUUACCAUUUUGUUUACUGAUUUAAAGGAAUAGUUCAACCAAAAUUGAAAACUCUCUCAUCAUUUACACACCCUUUGCCAUCCCAGAUGUGUAUGGCUUUCUUUCUUCUGCUGAACACAAAUGAAGAUUUUUAGAAGAAUAUUUCACCUCUGUAGGUCCAAACAAUGCAAGUGAGUGGAUCCUAAAAUUUUCUAGCACUGAAAACGCUUAAAGGCAGCAUAAAAGUAAUCCAUACGACUCCAGUGGUUAAAUCUAUAUAUUCAGAAGCGAUAUGAUAAGUGUGGGUGAGAAAGAGAUCAAUAUUUAAGUCUUUUUCCACUAUCAAUAUCCACUUUCACUUUCUUCUUUUGUUUUUGGCAAUUCACAUUCUUCAUGCAUAUCACCAGCUACUGGGCAAGGAGGAGAUUUUAUAGUAAAUAAAAAUAAAAAAAAAGGACUUAAAUAUUGAUCUGUUUCUCACCCAGAUCUUUCAUAUCGCUUCUGAAGACAUAGCUUUAACCACUGAAGUCUUAUGGAUUACAUAAAUGCUGCCUUUAUGUGCAAUUUGAAGCUUAAAAAUUUUGUUACACAUUCACUUGCAUUGUGA